AUGUCUAAUUUGUUGUUACGGUUUUGGAGGGUAGAAAAUCAAUCUGUUCAUUAUCUAUCUAUCUAUCUAUCUAUCUAUCUAUCUAUCUAUCUAUCUAUCUAUCUAUCUAUCUAUCUAUCUCAGUCUGUUCUGUUCAUCUAUCUAUCUAUUUCUAUCUAUCUAUCUAUCUAUCUAUCUCAGUCUGUUCUGUUCAUAUCUAUCUAUCUAUCUAUCUAUCUAUCUAUCUAUCUAUCUCAGUCUGUUUCAUAUCUAUCUAUCUAUCUAUCUAUCUCAGUCUGUUCUGUUCAUAUCUAUCUAUCUCAGUCUGUUCUGUUCAUAUCUAUCUAUCUAUCUCAGCCUGUUUCUAUCUCUGUUCAUCUAUCUAUCUAUCUAUCUAUCUAUCUAUCUAUCUAUCUAUCUCAGUCUGUUCUGUUCAUAUCUAUCUAUCUUCAAGUCUGUUCUGUUCAUAUCUCGAUCUAUCUAUCUAUCUAUAUCCGCUCUAUCUAUUUAUGUCUAGUCGGUUCUUGUCAUAUCUAUCUAUCUAUCUAUCUAUCUAUCUAUCUAUCUAUCUAUGAUGCACAAUAA